AUGGCUGUGCAUCUGCCACGGUAUAGUGUGAAUAAAUCACCAGAGGCCUUAAUCUUGUCAGUGGUGGCGUUUGGGGAUUUAGAAGAAGAAACAGAAGUUCAUGGUGCAGGCUCACUGCCAGGCAGUUCUGACCUUGUUCUUCGAGCUCAUGCGCGGUGUGUCCUUACGAAACCAGAGCCGAACACAGAAACGCCAGCCCCGCUCCUCACCGGAGCCGGGCCGUACCCAGGAGGUCUGAAAAUCCAGCACGUUGCGGGGCUGUGCCACGGGACGCAGCGCCAGCCCUUCGCGCUGACGGCCAGCGGGUUAAUUCCUUCCCAGCUACGGACGGGGGAGCGUUGCCUUAAAGCAGACAGAAAAGACCCUCUCCGCGCCGCACCGAAGGGCUCCCGGGACCCCUCCUCAGCGUUAGGCGGGGGCAGAAGCCCAGGGGCCGCCUCAAAGGGCCGCCCCAGGCCGGCGGGACCCGGGCCCGGUGGCGCAGAGGGGUCCCGAGGGGCCGGGGUGGGACGGCGCGGCAGCGGCUCCGGCUCGGCAGCGCCGCGGGGGCGGGGAGGGGAAGGGAGGGAGGGAGGGAGGGGAAAUCCCCAGGAUCUCCCCCCGGAGAGGGACACGGCGUUAGUCAGCGGGACCCUCCCCCUGUGCCGUGUCAGCCCGGCGGUAGCACCCGCUCCUCGCUUCCCGCGCAGCCGACGGGACGCGGCGCCUCCUUUUACAGAAUUUUUGGAUCCAUUCCAGCGGGUUAUCCAGCCAGAAGAGAUCUGGCUGUAUAAAAAUCCUUUGGUGCAAUCAGACAACAUACCUACGCGUCUUAUGUUUGCAAUUUCGUUCCUUACGCCACUAGCAGUCAUUUUUGUGGUGAAAAUAAUCCGGCGAACAGACAAGACUGAAAUUAAAGAGGCUUUCUUAGCUGUUUCCUUGGCUCUAGCUCUGAAUGGCGUCUGCACAAAUACUAUUAAAUUAAUAGUGGGAAGACCGCGUCCCGAUUUCUUUUACCGCUGCUUUCCAGAUGGAGUAAUGAACUCUGAAAUGCACUGCACAGGUGAUCCAGAUCUGGUGUCUGAAGGCAGAAAAAGCUUUCCGAGUAUCCACUCUUCCUUUGCAUUUUCAGGCCUUGGCUUUACCACCUUCUACUUAGCUGGAAAGUUACACUGCUUCACGGAAAAUGGCCGUGGGAAGAGCUGGCGGCUUUGUGCAGCAAUUCUCCCACUCUACUGUGCCAUGAUGAUUGCCCUGUCACGUAUGUGUGAUUACAAACAUCACUGGCAAGAUGCUUUCGUUGGAGGGAUCAUUGGCCUCAUUUUUGCUUAUAUUUGCUACAGACAACACUACCCUCCUUUGGGUAAUACAGCUUGUCAUAAAUCUUACGUCAGCCUGCUAGAUCAGAACUCUGUGAAGAAAGAAGAGAGACCUACAGCAGAUAACGCUACUGGCCUGCCUCUAGAGGGAAUAACUGAAGGUCCUGUAUGA